AUCCACGGCUGCUCUUGUCGGACAGCGCUGUCAUAUCGAUUCAAGGCCACUGCCAUACCUUGCCUCGUUCGAGCUUUGUUUGUUGCAAACACCAAAAUGAUCAAGAGCGUUCUACUCGUUUUCGCCAUGGAGGCUGAGGCGCAGCCGCUCAUCCAAGCUCUUGGCCUGAAGGAGGAUGUGCCGGCAAAGAUCGUCGGUCCCGCGCCCUGCGUGACCUACUCUGGCGAGCACCAGGGGCUGGCUGUGCACGUGGUGUGGAACGGCAAGUGCAAGGACCACGGCGUUGACAACGUGGGCACCGUGCCCGCCUCGCUGUCCACCUACCUGGCUGUGCUGGCCUUCAAGCCCGAUGUGGUCAUCUCUGCGGGUACCUGCGGCGGCUUCAAGGCUCAGGGUGCCGCCAUCGGUGACGUGUUCCUGGGCAGUGCCGUGAUCAACCACGACCGCCGCAUCCCGCUGCCCGCCUUCGACAAGUACGGGCUGGGCCACGCAGCGCUGCUGGCCACGCCCCACCUGCAGGCCGCUCUGGGCCUCAAGUCGGGUGUGGUGAGCAGCGGCAACAGCCUCGACUACACGGACAAAUGCAUGGAGAUCAUGACCGGCCACGGCGCCGCGCUCAAGGAGAUGGAAGCCGCCGCCAUCGCCUGGGCGUGCGCGCUGUACAAGGUGCCGCUGAUGUGCGUCAAGGCGGUGACGGACAUUGUGGACGGCGACCGGCCCACGGCGGAGGAGUUCCUGGAGAACCUGCACUCGGCGGCGGCGGCGCUGCAGGGCACGCUGCCCAAGGUGCUGGGCUUCCUGGCGGGCAAGGAGCUGCAGGCGCUGUGAGCUGGGAGCUAGGGGGCGCUGGGAGCUGGGAGCGAGGGGGCGCGCUGGGAGCUGGGAGCGUGGGUGCUGGGAGCUGGAAGUGUGGGCGCUGUGAGUGGGCGGUGUGGGCGCUGUGAUCGCCGUGUGUGUGUGUGUGGGCGCCCGGGAGGGGUGGGAGAGGCGAUUGGUUGGAGAGGUGACAGGUGGGAGAAGGGUUGAAAGGCAGGGAGUGGUGGUGAUCAUGGUGACGCUCAGUUUAGGCAAGUGGAUGGGACGCGAGUGUUGAGCAGCGUGGUGGCACGUGGCCGGGAGCAGGAAGUGCUUUGAUUGGUGCGGCGUGAGCGAGCGAGAGGUGUCCCAGUGCUGAGCGUGUGAGUCAUGUGACCGACUGCGGGGGCACAAUGUGACAAGGACACUUGCGUGAGCAAGCUCAACCUGCAUCGUGCGGUGGGGGCGUCCAGCCGUCUGUCGCGCGGCUGCGCUGCUUUACACCGUCUGUCCGUCUCCUUGGGAUCCGUGACUUGUAACGCGCUUUUGAU